UGGCUCGCCAUAUUUUUUAUCCGACGACUCGCUCGCCUGUAGCUGUUUUAGCUCAAGAGCUUCUUCUAGAGUGCCUCAGGCCACCAGCUCGCAGUUCACUUUGCGCCUCUCAUUCGCGGCGAUACCGAGCUGCAUCACGAACGGCAGGGCAGGCUGCAUGACCAGGAGCAGGAGCCCACACACAUCGCGACCAUCCUUGCACCAGUGCUCUGGCUUACAUGCCGGAGAGGGCCGCAUGCCUGCGCCACCACCUCUACACGCGCCUGCAGAGCUCGAUUUCCCUCGCGCUUCGGCCGCUCUGCGUGCAAUGGUCGUCAGCAGUGUUAGGCUGCGCGACAUGCGCUUCCACACCUCAGCAGAUCUGAGCGGCUCCGAUGCUCGUAGCAAGGACCCCGACUACAGCUGUGUGUACGCUGAGGUGUCCUUCUCGCGCAGCGCCGACCCGUCUGGCCAGUGGGGCAGUCGUGAGGUCGUCGGCGUCGGAAUUGCCUUCUCGCUUGGGCGAGGCAACGAGCUGGUGCUGCAGGCGGCGCAGCUGCUUAGUCGCGGGCUUCGCGGCCUUUCCCUCGGUGAGCUAGCGGACAACUUUGCUGCAGCGUGGCGGCGCAUCGUGGGCGCCGACGACGGGCAGCUGGUGUGGAUGGGCCCGGAGAGAGGCGUCGUCCACAUGGCGUCCGCAUCGCUCGUGAACGCCGCGUGGGAUGCGUGGGCAAAGUACGAGGGCUUGCCGCUCUGGAGGCUGGUCGCGUCGCUCCCGGCGGCGCAGCUGGCGGCUGCCAUCGACCUCACUGGUAUCAAGGACGCGCUCGGCUCCGCGGCCGAUGUGGCGGCCUCGCUGGAGGCCCACGGCGCCGCAGUCGCGGAGCGUGUGGCCGAGCUGGAGCGCACCGGGGUGGCGUGCUACACGACGGCGACGGGGUGGGCCGGUUACUCGGACGCCAAGGUGGAGGAGCUGGUGCAGGCCAACCUCGCCCUGGGCUUCACCCGCUUCAAGAUGAAGGUGGGCCUCGGCCGGGAGGCGGACCUGCGCAGGGCGCGCCUGAUGCGCGCCGCGCUCGACGCCUUCGCCGCCUCGCGUGCCGCCGCAGGCGCGGCUUGUGCGGCGGCGGCGGAGGAGGACCCAGUGGAGCUGAUGAUGGACGCGAACUCGGUGUGGGAGGUGGACGAGGCUGUGGCGGAGAUGCACGCGCUGGCGCCCCUGAAGCCGCGCUGGAUCGAGGAGCCGAUCUCGCCAGACGACGUGGUGGGGCAGGGCGCGAUCGCUGGCGCGCUACGCGCGCACGGUAUCGCGGUGGCCUCGGGCGAGCAGUGCCAGAACAAGGUGAUGAUGAAGCAAUUCCUUGAGCUGGGGCUGGGCGUCUGCCAGGCGGACGCCGUCAAGAUGGGCGGGUUAAACGAGUGGCUUGCAUGCGCGCUGCUCGCGCGGCGCAAGGGCGUGCCGAUGUGUCCGCACGCUGGCGGCGUCGGCCUCUGCAACAUGGCGCCGCACCUCUCGUGCAUCGACUACGCGGUGGUGAGCGGCGAGCGUACAGGUCGCGUCACCGAGUACGUCGACCACCUGCAGGAGCACUUCGAGCGGCCGCUCUCUCUCCUGCGAGGUGGCCGCUACGCCGCGCCCACUGCGCCCGGCUGGGGCCUCGACAUGAAGGCCGAGUCCCUGGCCGCCUACGAGUGGCCCACUGGGUCGUACUGGGCCAGCCGCCCCGAUCACUUUGAUUGCGCUGGCACGCCCUGGUGAGCUGUGCCGCGCGGGCCACGGUGCAUCGCUGUGAGGCGCGCGCAAUGUUUCCCCCGUCCGCUCCCUCGCCUCCCCCACCCCCAUCAUGACCUCCCUCGCAUCCCGUGUCGAAGGUCGCCCGUAUGGGUGCGAAGAUACCAGCGCUUCGAUCGCGGCCUGGGCCAUGGAUAUGCCCUUCUCCGGCGGGCGGCGGGGAAGUGCCAGGAUGCCUGUUCAUCGCGUUUCGUGUAUUGCGAAGCACGAGGUGGGACGACCCAUGGAUCUGAUGGCCUCUCUCCUCUGCCCCUCCCCCUUCCCCCUUCACUCCGUUCUCCGCCCUAUGCCCCUUCUCUCUCUUCCCGCCUGCCCCCUUUCCUUGGGCCUUGGCAAAGCAAAGAAGGAUUCAGUACGG